AUGCCCUUGAAGCUUUUGCGGAUGAAACUGCUCACGCACAAUUUCCUGUCAUCCAGGUUUCUAAAAAACGUGACCAAUGGAUAUCCACUCAUCCUAAGAGCAAAUCAAAUAGCUAAUAAGGAAGUUGAAUUCAAUGAGAACUUCGUUCUAAAUAUGAUGCCUAAGCUUGAUUAUGCUUCGUUAUACAAUGCGGCUUAUUCAAUCGGUGAAGCCGGCAACAUGCCUGCGACGUUACCAGACGACUGGGAGACUAACACACCGGUGCUCAUGGAGUUGCAUCGGGUGAUGCUAUGCGUCGAAAUUGUGGAUGGAGAGCUGGAAUGUCCGGAUACCGGUAGGAAGUUCCCAAUAAAGGAUGGUAUUCCGAAUUUGUUAGUGAAUGAAAAUGAAGUCUGA